CCCGGCCCCAAUUCCGCCUCUAGAUCGGUCUCGCAUCUCUCUAUCGGCGGCUAUAGAGGAUCCCGAUCUCUCCGCCACAAUGCUGUCCUUCCGCUCUCUGUUGCGCCCCUCGACGGGAGCCCUGCGCCAACUUCUCCCCUCCAUGAUCCGCCAGCCGUUCUCCCACGUCGCCCGCCCAUUUACGCAAUUAACACGAUUGUCUCUCGGUAACGGUCUGCGGAGUCUGCGCGCUGGAAAGGCGCAGACGGAGAAUGUGUCUGUUGCGAGUGUGGGGUCCACCGUCCGACAGAUUGAACAGGUCCGGGGGAUGAAGACACGAUCGUCUGUGAAGCGGCUGUGUGAUGGGUGCAAGCCCGUACGGAGAAAGAACCGCGUCUAUAUCAUCUGCUCGAAAAACCCCAAGCACAAGCAACGGCAAGGGAAAUAAAUGUCAUGAGCAGGGGAGGUAGAGAGGAAUGCGGAAAGUCGUCGGAUGGGACUUCUAGGCUCUCGAGACCGCGGCUUGAGGCAUAGAUACGUUUGUGGAUAUACGGCAUCGUCUGGAUGCCCUUCGGGACUGUUCGCAUGUUUAUUGUUGACUGGGAAUCCACCAGCUGGUUGGUUACGGCGCUUAUGUUGAAUACUGCUUCAUAUAUGUAUAGUACAAUGUGCAUUUCAAUUUUACUUGGAC